AUGGAAAGUACUGAUUACGAAGGCGGAACCGGCGGCAAGUUGCGCAGGCAGCCGCUGCGGCGGGUUUCGUCCACUCCGUACGAACAGGCAAGCCCGCCGUUGGACUUAAGUGGAAGCCAUGGGUCACAACCGAAGACUGAGGCUGGAGGAAGCAGGUGGUUUUCAAAACUUGUUGAUCCCGCAUCCCGGGUUAUUGUCAGGAGUGCCUCUCGCCUUUUAUCCGUCUUUGGCGAGGACCUCACCGCUCCUCCAGGGGAGCAUAUCGACACAAUUGGAGGGGUUCUAGAAAUGAAUAACUUACAGAAAUCCUCGCUGGAAGUUAGAGAGCAGCGUGAAAGUCCCACUGAUGUAAGGCUUUCAAUUGUCUAUGAUGGAAGUGAUAAAUCUGAGCAAGAAUUAAUUUCUCACAGCGAUGCCUCCUUUUCUGAACUCGAACAACUACUCAAGAAGAGAAGGUUUUCAAGGGUUGAAAUUGAUCGCUUGUCAGAGUUGCUACAUUCAAGAACUAUUGAACCUUCUACUUUACCAUCUACAGAGUACAAGAAUAAGGGGAAGAUAAAUGAUGAUUCAAGUAUUAAUUCGAGUUCAUCACAACAAGCAGUCAGUCACGAGGAAAUGGAAGAGGAAAAGGAAAAGAAAAAUGCAAACACUUCGAGAUUGGAAGGUCAAAUGGGGCAGCUAGCUAAUUUACAUGGAAAUGACACUUAUGCAGUACAUGCUAAUUUUUCUGCGGGAGAUUCUGACGCCCCAAUAGAAAUUGCUAGAGCAUACAUGGGUUCUAUGCUUCGAAAAGCAGCCCCUUCUACACUCGGUUUGCAAAGUCAAAUAUAUAAAGUUUCCCCAUUGAAUUUACAAUUCGGAAAUAAACCAUCAAUUGCUGCCAUUGCUUCCAGAUCUGCUGCAUCCUUUCCUGUAAUUCCUACAGAUUCUGGGAAUGACUGUAUGGCUCAAAAACCUCGAGGCAAAUCAGCAUUGUACAAAAUUUCACGCCCUCAUUGUAGAUCCUUUAAGAUGACUAACACCAGGGAAUAUAGUCCUUAUAAGGACAGCAACGUUGAGCCUACAAUGUCAUUAGAAUGGACUCCCUCAGUAUCAAAUAUUAGGCAACCUGCUCAUGGACAAGCAUUGAAACGUGGUAGCUUUGAUGAUGCACGAAGGGUUCACCAGAUGUCUUCUAUGAAGGACUCUAAUAUGUCAACCCAUUUAGGCACCUCAACAUUUUUUAUUGGUCAAGAAUACAAAUAUGACAUUGAUUUAAAGGGCCCAGGCAAUCUAGAUGCUAAAAUGCCCUCACAUUUUCUCCAUGUUCCUUCCCAGUCCACAGUGAUGGCUGGAAAAAUAUUGCAUCAACUUGAUAAAUUAAGCCCUUCUCCACAAAGUAAAUUGUCCAAAAAGAAAGUUAUUGCUGGAGAUGCGUCAUUCUCCAAGUUAUCGUUGAGUGCAUCUCAUGAGGGUUCUCUAAAAUUCAAGGACAACAAUGGUUCGACUAAGUUACUUGAUGUUCAAGGCAGAAGAAAUUUGGGAGAACUGAGCAGUUCUAAUUUAGCCAUAAUCACGAGUUCUAGUUCUCCCACUAAAGAUAAGGUGGGAGGGGAAGUCUCUCUGAUGCCUUAUACCUCAGGAGCUGAGGUAGCACCAUGCUUAGGAAUAAAUAGUUCUGACACAUCUGCCUCAGUCGCAAACCAUAGCAUGAAGUCCAUGGAUUCAAAUAAUCAUGGACUUGCCCUGAUUCCCUGGCGAAAGGAACCAGCUGUACAGAGUGCUCUGGAUGAUAAAGUUGGGUCCGUAAAAGCAGAGCAUGUUGCUAUUCUUGCUUCUGUAAAAGAACCAAUGGAGAAGUCCUUCGAACAUUCCUUUGAAUAUGUGCAUACUUCUGGAUUGAUGCAUACUAAUAGUGAUACAAAAGCCUUUGAUAAGGCUUUUACUGAAAGGAAUGCCAGUUUUAACUUGCUUGCUGCACAUACAUACAACACCUUGUCUAAGCCACUGUCAUCUCAUACUAUGGCAACUACUUUGGCUGCUGACGCCACUCCAAAGAUGGAAAACUCUGUUUCUCCAUUGCUGUCUGGUUCGAAGGUAUCUACAUAUAAUGCUACUAAACCCAUAAGCAGGGGAGGUGGUGAAAGGUUGAAUGCUGGAAGUUUGUCAGUUGUUUCUUCAAGCACAGGCAAUGAAGCACCUAAAUUCCACUUUGGGCGUGGCAAUUCAACAAGCUAUUCUUUUACAGGUGUGUCAGCUAUAUCUUUAAGCACAGACAGCGGUUCUUUGUCAACUUUUGCUGUCUUUCCAAUAUCAGCAAAUGGAGCUUUUGGUGUCAGUUCUACAUCUACAUCAGGUGGCUCAAAUUUACAGUUUGGUAAUUGUAGCUACCAGAACACUGCCAUAAAAUUUGGUGCAGGAACUACAUCGUCUUGUGGAACUUGGGGAAUCUCUUCUGGAGAUGGAGUUAACAAUUUUUCACGUAAACCUGUAUUUCAGUUUGGCACUUUGGAUUCAUAUGCAAAAUCUGGGGUUGGUUCUUCAUAACCCUGGUCCUUAUAAUUCUUCACCAUUUCAAGGAUCUGCCAAUCUAGGAUUUUCGGCUGGCGGAAGCUUUCCUUAGAACAAAGGGGAUGGUGAAAUUUGUGAGCCGAAAUUCUUUAAUUAGGCAGGGCAAGCUCUCGAGAAAGUAGUUGGAAGACUUUGAGAAAAUUAUCUUUUGUUGUAGAAACUUCAUUUAUGUGAAGUAAUUUACUAUUUUGUCUGAGCCAAAUGUUUUGCAUGCAGAGGUAAGAGUCAUUUCUCUGUGUGAUGCUAGGUUUGAUUCAGAGGCUAAUUGGCCUUUAUAGUUGCUCAGAAGUCGGUCUUUCCAGUCAUGAUUCAUACUUCUCAUUUUCUUCGGUUCAAAC